AUGCCAUCUGCAACCACAACCGAAGCGGUUCCAAUUGAGACUGCUCAUGAAGACAUGAUUCAUGAUGCGCAACUCGACUACUAUGGCAAGCGUUUAGCGACGUGCUCUUCAGAUAGGACGGUGAAGGUUUUUGACGUGAUUGGCGGGGAACCAUUGAAAUCUAGUGGCCAUACUCUGAAGGGGCACACGGGUCCAGUGUGGCAGGUUGCCUGGGCACACCCAAAAUUUGGACAUAUACUUGCUUCUUGCUCAUACGAUGGUAAAGUAUUGAUAUGGGGGGAACGGUCUCAAGGCACAGCCGAUGGUGGGUGGACAAGGGUGAAGGAGCACACAUUACAUACCGCUUCGGUGAACUCCGUGUCGUGGGCUCCUCAUGAGCUUGGUGCAAUGUUGGCUUGCGCGUCGUCAGAUGGAAAGCUCUCUGUACUAACGUUUAAAGAUGACGGUCAGUGGGGUGCUGACAUCUUCAACGGUCAUGCCAUCGGCUGCAACUCUGUUUCUUGGGCGCCCGCGACGCAGCCUGGAUCGCUUAUUCACCCGCAACAACCUGGCACACAACCUUCUGCACCUUUCAAACGUUUUGCUAGCGCUGGUUGUGACAAUCUUGUCAAGAUUUGGGGCUACCGUGAAGACACACAGUCGUGGGUGGAAGAAGAGACACUCGAUGGGCAUACAGAUUGGGUACGUGAUGUUGCGUGGGCACCCAACAUCGGUUUGCCGAGGAGUUAUAUUGCAACAGCAUCUCAGGAUAAGACAGUAUUGAUCUGGACAAAAGACUCGUUAACUUCUCCUUGGGUGAAGACUGCCCUCGACCCAUCGACUGCUUCAGGAGCACCUACUGCAGCAGCUGCAGGUAAAUUCCCUGAUGUUGUAUGGCGCGUAUCGUGGAGUCUCGCUGGCAACAUUCUUGCUGUUAGCUGUGGCGAUGGAAAAGUCACAUUGUGGAAGGAGAAUCUGCGGGGCAUAUGGGAGUGUGUUAGUGACAUGUCCUCCUAGAGAUGUAUGAUUGGAUCAGAUGCUACUCAGAAAUGCGCAGGUCGGCUCCCUCAUCUGAAGAUGUACAAAGCGUGUGCCGUGCACAUCUCUGCUACUAACAUUAAACGUGUCAAGUUUCACUCGCCAACAGGGUGUGCCAUUGGUAUCUGCAUCAAUCAUCUCAAGCAGUAAGUACCAGCCAUUCUUCUCCUUUCUGAUGUACCUCCGAUUCUGGACGAGACUCAGGACUCUAAGGCGUAAGGCGCAAUGGUUUCUGCCCCAACAAUGCAGAGAUCGAUAAAGAACCGCACAACAAUUACAUUCCAGGUGAAUUCCUGGUCUCCCAUAUUUUGGUUCCAAGCACAGGCUUUCUCCGAGGUCUCCUUUAGAUGAGCACUUGGAACAGCGUUAGCAGCAGC